UCGUGGCCCACGUCGUCUUCUUUCCUUUCUUCGUUUCUUUCACUUAUAACCGUGCGUUGUGCAUCGACAUCGCUCUGGCAUCCUUCUAGUCGUCGUCAUCCUCGUUCAUCUUCUCUUCUUGAGGUAGUUCAUGGAACAACGCACCUGUUGUUCGAUGCACCGGUUUCAUCGAAAUUUCGUUUGUUGGUUCAUGUCGUUGUAAGCAUUGGCCGAAGAUUUAUUGAAGAGAAGGUUCGUGGAAAUGGAAAAGUGAUGCAGUGCAAAAUCGAGGAUAUUUUGAAUUGAAGGAUUAAGGAAAAAAGUAUAUAGGAAUCUUAAAAGAGAAGGCUGACGAUCUAAAGUAUUGUCGUAAUGAAUUUUCGUUAUGGAGAUUGGUAGAUGUUUUAUCGACAGAAAUGGUAAAUAAUGUAGAAUAAAAUCGAGGAAAUUUGGAAUUAUAGAAAAAUUAGAGAAGUAGCUAGUAAUCUUAGAAAAAUGGGUUGAAGAUUUAAGAUAGUAUUGUACUUGAUUUUAGGAGACAAUUUUGCUAAUGAUACGAUAGAAAAGUAUUCGUUUGCAGAAAUGGCGACCUUUGGUAUUCCUCUCUAGCUGUACGCGAGCCAAGGGUUCUUCGAGUAAUUAACGAGGGAUCGUUACACAAUUGUGAAUUAUCGACAAUAGCCAUUAUGUGCGUCUAAAAGCGUGCCCCUUUCUGUCGUAAACAUUAACUUCUUCUCCUUUGCGCAAUUAAUUUCUUAUCGCUUCGCAUUUCGAAUCGUGUUCGUUGAAGUAGCUGUACGCGCGCCAAGGUUCGAUUAAAUAAUUAGAAAUACUCGAUUACGCAAUUGAUGGGCAUCGAUCGAUUUAAAAAUACUAUCCAUUUCACAAGUAUAAUUUGCGAGUCUAAUUCGUGCGAUCAUCGACGUCUUACGAUCUAGCAGAGAUUUAACGUGAUUAUUUUACUAUUUUCCAAACUAUCCCAAACUGUACGCACUGUUCGUAAACAGAAUUGUUUUGAUGUGACGAGCGCUUUGUCAUCGUCAUGAUGUGCAUAGAAUUCGAUCUAUGGCAUUGGCGCACCUACCUCUCAAUUUGCUUUAUCCUUAAUCGUGUCGACAAAUAAAAUUUAUUAAUUAUUUUAUAGUAUACUUAUUUAUAAAUAGGAAACAUGAAAUUUUCCAAUUUUGGAUUCUGAAGGAAAGCAAAUAGAAAGCGCGAAUCACAGAAUUUUCAAAUUUGGCGCAUUUAAGAACCGAUAAAAAGCAAUAGGAAGCAUAACUCAUAAAAUCUUCAUAUUUGGUGCAUCCAAAAUUCGACGAAAAACAACAGAAAGCAUAACUCAUAAAAAUUUUCAAACUUUCGUGCAUUAAACGUUCGAUUAAAAGUAAUAGAAAGUAUAGAUCAUACAAUUUUCAAAUUCACAAAUUUUUCCUUCCCACCUAAUCUUUCUUCCACGACACUAUGCAUCCUCUGCACUAUAAUUAAAAAUUUCAGGGUGGUUCAGAGAGUGUAGUGACGCGAAUUAUCUGCACCAUUGGAUACGCUUGCAAUAUCGUCGACGAGGCGGACGAACGAAGAUCGGUUGUGCUUUGGCUGGUUCUAAUAAUAAUCGAUGCCUAACGUGUCUCCAGGGAUUUCUCUCCUGGUCCACAGCUGAUAUGUCCGUUGUAUUUGCGAUGCGUUGUACAGACCAUAAUUUCUACGGCAGCCAGUCUAUAGCUGCAGUCAGUCGUCCUUUUUGCUAUUCACAGCCGUCUUCUGUCCGGCGCCGAUGGUACUUCGACGGAUCGUUCGGAGUCUAUUUGUGUUCUGACUUGGUUUUAAUACGUGCACCACAUGGUUUCGCUGUCGAUGUACUUUUACGACCGGCAAGAUAUGUCCCGUUUUUCUUCCUGCAACUAGACACCUGUCAUUUAGUACAGACAAAUCACAAUUAGCCCUUUUCAGCUUCGAUGAAGUAUUGGUAUAAAUAAAUUCGCUUACGAUGUCGCAUACUUGCAGUUUCUUCAUCUUAUCCUGCAAUAAUUUGAGAAAUAUACAUAUAUUUACAAUUAAUAUUAAUACAUAUAUUAAUACAAAUAUGGUAUUUCAUUCACAUAAUUAGAGUUUACACAAGUAAGUUCAGACAAAUAGAUUCCAUAGGAAGAGUUAAUUUCAUAUUGAAAUAACAACAUUUUUAAGUUAUUAGGAUUUCGUUGCAACGAGUGAAGUUUAGAUAAAUGGGAUUUUAGUCUGAAGCAGUAAUUUCCCGUAGAGACGUUAUAAAGUCUGCUCUUUUACUCUCUUUCACUGUCCAAGUACAACAUAAAAUAUCACUUUGUCGCAAAUAAAGCAGCUACAAGUCUUACAUUCUCAAGUAUCACCUUAAAAAGUCAUUAAUGUCAUACAUAUUGCAUCGCAGAAUUAUUGUGAUUGCUAACGCAAUUAUACUCCAAAAAUGUUUCGCAUGAAGCGGCGCUAACCGAGACGGAACGAUAAAAAGAUUGAAAGACUGCGUUGUGCCGAAACGACACACGCGCGGCUAUAAGUUCAUUUCCGUGUUAUUAAUGCAAAGAUGCCGCGUGUAGGACAUUCGUACAUAAUAUCUGACUAAUUGAGGCCGACGCGUGUACUUGGCGAUCCUCCAAGUCGCUUUGAUCGCACGUAGAUCGACCCUAUGCGAAAGCAACACGCACACGGCACACACGUACUCACACGUCCCUGUGGAACAUGUUUCUGUAGAUUUAAGUACACGCUUGUGCCAUUCGAAACGAGCAAAUGGAUCGAACUGAAGUUUGUAGUCUUUUCACGAUGCUCAAAGACCACUUUGCACUGAAACCUUGUUUAAAGAAGGAAAUAGAGGAAUAUGAACAAUCGUUUUAAACCCGAAGAAACAUUUCCAUGAUUUCAAAGAGAAUCGUACAUCAUAGAUAUUUGAAAAAUCGCCAAUUCUUGAAGUGUGUUACUCUUCCUAGUGAAUCAACGGUAACGACAUGACAAAAGUUGGUCGUGGAGAAACGAGCAUCGAAAGUCGCGCGAGCGCUUUCUGCGAACCUUUCUCGAGGAUAUGUCAACGUGUUGGAAGAACCGCGCGUGAACGACCAUUUUUCCUGUGAUUUAUUAACGAUACUACCGCGAGACGUUGACACAGGAGAGGCAGAAAACGAAGGACAAUAACUGUCAUGAAUCGACGCGGUGAAGUACGAGCUUAAAUCCAUCGUGAGUACGCCGAUUCAAUGGCACCAGCACCAAUUUUUCGAUCGAUCUACCUCGCGGAGGAAUGCUGCUAACUUUAUUCAGAUUGACCAUGAUCGUUCCGCUACUAAUCAGCGCAGUUGGCGUCGAAACCAAUCCCGAAAAAUUAUCGUUCGUACCGUCAGAAGAAAACAAAGCAGUGGCCCAAUCGCAUCGACAAGGUUCUACGUUUUUAAAAGAGAAAUCCGUUCGCGAUGAAGACUCAGGUCUCGUAGAGAAGCGGCAAUCGAACAAGAAUAGCCGAUAUUCCAGCGAUCAAGAUUCGAUAGUACGUCGUGGUAGUGUCAGUUUCAUGAAGAACAGGAUCCCGAGACAAGGCAGCGGAGGAUUAGCGCACAAAAUGGCUAAGGAUGCGCUCAAAUCUCCGAAGAUGCAGGAGACUAUAAGGAAGCUUUCGCGAGUUGCGCCCAAAGGAACUCUUCGUGGGAGUAUUAAAAUGCCAACAGUAUCGAAAACUGGCUCGAAGGUGGCCGAAGGUAGAAGACACCGGAAAGUGUUGAGACACAAGGGACAAAGAAAGAAGAAGAAGAGAAAAAGACAUCACCGAAAGUUCAGAAAACAGCAACCUGGUUUGUUAAAGAGAGGAUCCUCUAAGAGAACGUUGGACACCGAAAGGGGCAUUAACGUGUUAACAAAGAAAUCAAACGGAAGGGGGAAUUCUAUGAUUAAGCAUAAUCCAGUUAUUCUCGGCGAGAAAUCACGCGACGAAUUGUCCACAGAAUCGGACGUCGAAGUUAGCGCUGUGAAAGUCGACGACAGCGAUUACGUUGAUUUUUCCUCGCCUUUGAGUACCACCCAAAAAUCGCAUAAGAUCGAAAGCGAAAAAAUGAUCGAUCGUUUAAUGAGAACUACCACGAAGGAUCCGUCGAAAAAGAAUCCAGGCGACCAAGGGGUCGAGUAUUCGGAUUAUUAUAGCGACGACGAAGUUCUCCAAGACAUCGCCGCGAAUAAAAUUCCGAUACAGCUGGCCGAGUCGAGAAAUCUUAAUGAUCGAUUCGCACGGCAAACGAUGAAUUUUACGUCGCAUCGUAGCAAUCGGAUCAGACACUUGAAACCUUACUAUCCGGAUUACAAUACUCGCGGAAGAGACCUCAGGUACAAGGACGACGGUGUCAAUUACCUUAAUAAUUUUCAGAACUAUCCGACAAAUGAACGUUUCUCGAGACUAAAUCGGAACUCCCGACUCUUUGGAGCAGAUGAUCCUUUUCUCAGUUACGGGAUCAAUUACGGAUCCUCGGAAAACGAAAAUUUCAACGCACCAUAUUCGGACAAUACGGCAGAAAUUCCGGAACACUCGCGAGUAGCCGAGGAUAAUAAUUUCGAUUCGAAUGAAUUAAACGACGAAGUUCAACAACCUGUUGUCGAGACGCAGAAUCCAGAUCAAUUUAAUUAUUGGAAUCAAUACGAAACUCCCGAAGAAAACUUGCAGAACUUAAAUCUGGAUGAAUCUCAGACUCUGAAUGUAAACGAACCGAUCGAACCGCAAAUUCAAAGUUUAAACAACUACCAACAGAUAGAGGCAAAUUUGCCACAGGAAGGAAACUUCGAACAGAGUAUGAUAAAUCAACCUUUAAUAGAUAACACGAGGAUUUCAGGCGCGAAAGGAGAAAAUACGGAAAUUGGUACUCCACUUAAUUACUCUCCUCCUCAAUCGUACAGUAAUCAAGAAAACCAGCAACAUGACCAACAAGUAGCUCCGCAAAAUUUCCCAGUACAGUCCAGGUACAAUCUUUCGACAGUAAACGUUCCCAGCGCGAUGGACCAGCCUCUUGGAAAGGUCCUAGAAUUCCUAGGAAUUAACGUCGAUGGUGGUAAUCGCAAACAAAAUCCAAGUCUGAACGAAAAUAUUAAUCAUCAAAUAUUGCCUUAUUCCAAUACCUACGAAAAUGGAAUACCGGAAGAACAUUUUAUAAGUCCAAGUUACUUAAAGAAGAAACCAGGCAGAGAACAAACUAGUUUUCACGAGGAUGACAAUACGAGAGGAUUGGAACAUCAAGCAAUUAGAUACAGAAGCAGAAGUAAGGCGGAAGAGGGAAAUUUUAUGGGGCAGUCGAAUCGAAAUGGAAUAUACAACAAUGAUAAUUUGGCACGUCUGGACGAUGGUAGGGACCCUGGUCAUAAUACGAAUACUUCCACCGCGGUGCAUAACACGAAAGAGGUAGCCAGUGAAAUACUCAGUACCAUAAUGGACGAACUGGAGGAACUGAAAGAAGUUCGGUCGAAGAACAACAAGGGGGAAGGCUUACCUUGCCGUUUGUCAGGGUCCUGGUCAACAGCUCAGGCCGGAAUGAAACUGGAUAUGAGGGUCGUGAAUCGUACUAUAAUCGUGAGGCUUUCCGACCUCACGUCACCGCGUUUACACGAUAGCUUGCUGAAUGGAACGUGGAACAUAUCUGGUCAUGCCCCAUUCAAACGUGGUUCGCCAUUUACCCUCAUCGCCACCAAUAAUUGUACCAAUUCCAUAGCCGUCUUUGUUGGUGCUUGCAAGGUGUGCCAGGGUAUCGAUACCAUAGCAGGUGUUUGGUCCGUAGCUCGACAACCAAAAGAUUGCAAAGACUUCCAGGUAUCCACGAGUGUCUUCAACGAUAUUUUCCGCAAAACGAAAUUAUCCAGUUUGAAAGAGAAACAAGGCGCGAAUUCGACGGAAAAUGCGACGAUGAAGCAUAAAAAGAGGAAAAGCUAGGGGUAGUUGAACCUUCUGAAAUCCGUAUGACGCGGAAGAUCAAUGGAACAGGUAAGAAAAACGUUGGAAUUUCGAGAGAUGGAACUACGAUAAUGGAAAUGAUGAUCGAUCCGCGCGCAGUUAACGAUUCGUAUGAAAAUAAUGUAUCGCAACACAUAUGUAGUAACACGUAUACAAGAAAAAUGUAGAAUACUUUGUAUUAUGAUGUAAGUAGCCUCUAAUAAAUAUGGCCUUUUGUACUGCGUAA